AUGGGCGCAGGCGCAGCAGCGGCGCGAAGAAGCGUACGAGCGCGCCGUGAUGGAGCAGAUCGAGCGGGCGAACCCGGGCGCGUUCGACCGAAACUGGGACCCGGAUCGGGACCGGGAUUAGACCCGGCUUCUUCGACAGCAGCGGCAACGGACGUGCUCGCGGAAGCGGAAUCGUUGUUGAGAGAGGGGAGAGGAAGGGCGGAGGACGCACUACCGGUUGCGUUGCGAGCGCUGCGGCGAGCUGCGGGGCGGGAUGAUGCCGCUACGACGACGCUGCCCGCGCUCGGUCUGGUCGCGGAGAUAUACCUCGAGCUCGGCGACGCGACGGCCGCGCGUGAAUACUUUCUGCAAGCCGUUUCGUUGGACCCGGAAGGGCGGGUUCCCGAGACGCUCGGCGGGGGCGCGGAGAAGUUCCUCUGGCUGGCGCAGCUGAGCGAGGAAGGCGGGCAGGAUAGCGUGGCGUGGUUCGAGCGUGGCGCGGCGGUGUUGCGGCGGGAGAUUGGAGCGCUGGGGGAGGGAGAGGGCGAGGGGGGGGGAAGAGAUGCGGAAGAAGCUGGCGGGGGCGUUGUGUGGGAUGGUGGAAGUGUACAUGACGGAUCUGUCCUGGGAGCCCUCCGCGGAGGCGAAAUGCGAGAGUUUGAUUUCGGAGGCGCUGCUCGUGGCGCCGCGUUGUGCGGAGCCGUUGCAGACGCUGGCUUCGGUACGGAUAUCGCAGACGCGGAUACCGGAGGCUAG